AUGGACACGCUCCUCCGGUUCGCCGGCUUGGCACUGGCUGCUACCUUGGUGUACAUCGCCGCCUCCAUCGUCUAUAACCUCUAUUUUCACCCCCUUGCCGAGUUUCCCGGCCCUCUACUUCGUCGCAUCAGCCGUGUGCCCUGGUCACUGGCCGUGCUAAGAGGCACUGCUGUCUUCGAUGCCGCCGACUUGCACACCCAGUACGGCCCCGUCGUACGCGUCGCUCCGAAUGAGCUCGCCUUUCACGACCCCCGUGCCUGGAAAGACAUCAUGGGCGGCGGCGUCUCCGAGAUCCCCAAGUGGAUUGGCAUGUACGGAGUGCCAGCUUUCCUCCCACCUCACGUGCAGAACACGACCAGCAAAGACCAUCACCGUACACUACGAAAGGCUUUGUCACCCGGAUUUUCCGACGGCUCUUUACGUGCCCAGGAACCCAUCAUAGCCAGAUACAUAGAUCUACUCAUGCGACGCUUGAAGGCCAAAAGCCAACAUGGCCCUUUGAAUAUCGAGCUGUGGUACCGUUAUGUCGUCUUCGACAUCAUCUGCGACCUGGCCUUCGGUGAGUCAUUAGGAUGCCUUCAGAGUGACGGCUUGCAUCCAUGGGUCGCCGCUAUGAUCGACGGUGCAAAGCCCAUGGGCUUCUUGACCGCGUUGAACAUGUACCCGGUUCUAGCAGCCGUGGUAAACCCCAUACUGGCCUUCCUCGCCAAAGGACCCAUGCGCCUCAACACAGAGAUGGUCAAGCCCCUCGUGGAAAGACGGCUUCGCGCCGGUGACCGUCCUGAUCUGAUUAACCCCCUCAUUAAGCUUCACGAGGGCCAGCCUGGCGAGGACUCCAACACGGAUGAGCUCAUCUCGAAUGCCACUGUUAUCAUUGGAGCUGGUGCUGAGACCAGCGCCAGCAUACUCACUGCCGUCACCUCGUUGCUCAUCGAUCACCCAGAAAAGUCGGACAAGCUAGCCGCAGAGGUUCGCUCCGCAUUUACCUCUCGUGAUAGCAUUACGGCCGACGCCGUGUCUCGAUUACCCUAUCUCGUUGCCUGUGUCGACGAAACUCUGAGAUUAUUUCCCCAGACGGGAGCCCCUUCGCUGCGAUUAACGGACAAGAGAACAACAAUCGUUGGGAUCCCUAUACCAGAAAAUACAGUCGUCGGUAUCUGGCCUUGGGCGCUUUAUCGAACGCCAGCUUUAUGGACAGAUCCCGACGAAUUUCACCCAGAGCGCUUUCUAGGAGACCCUAGGUACGCAAACGAUGCUCGAGAGAGUUUCAAACCUUUCUUCACAGGUUCGAGAGAUUGUAUUGGGCAAAACUUGGCGCUCAUCGAAAUGCGUCUCAUUCUUGCCCAUAUGGUUUUCAGUUUUGAUAUGAAACGAACGGUUGACUCGAGUACCAAGGGCUGGGUCCACAAGCAGAAGAAUCUGUUUAUUGUGUGGGAGAAAUCUCCUCUCCCAAUUGAGCUUAUACCUGUGGCAUGA